UAUAUAUGUCUUUUAUGUUUACAGCAUUUUUAAGGACAUUCUAUUACAAAAUAAAGUGUCAUUUUAGAUUUUCUAAUGUCGUCCAUUAAUCUAACGGCUGAGGAAAACGCGAAAUUAAAAAAUGAAAAAACUCCAAAGUGCAAAAAAAUCGGCACAAAACCUGUCGAACAUGAAUCCCACCUCACAGCUGCGCAGUUCAGUACACCCAAGAGCUCAAUAAACUGUUCUGACACAAGUGUUUGUACAGUGAACGAAUCAAUUAUACCAAACCCAUUUGAAAACCCAAGCAUAAUUGACAGUUUGCUUCAGCCUUCAUGCAGUCCGUCCAUGAACUUCUCAACGUCUCACCACUCAAGGAAUAUCUCAAACAAAUCUCCAGGCAGUUUCUGGACCAUUGACCAGAUAGCUGUGCUCAAACCAACAGAAAUCGAUCUUUCAAAACUUCACGAGCAAGAAAACUUUGUAAAACUCGACCCUGCCUCAGAAAUGAAAGCUCAAAGAGCAAUUGAUGAUUUUUUUGCCAGUACAAUCAAUAUUACAAGCCCAUUUUCAUUAUCAGAUAAACCACAUUGUGUUGCAAUCAUAUCUCCUUCUCCUUCAUUGAAGAGAAACCCACAAAGUAUAAAACGAUCGGAAAACUCAGCUGCAAAACGAAUCCCGAGCAAAAUCAUGGAAGAAGCAACAGAAUUUCCUUCGGAGACAAAAUCCAAGAACCAAGUUACAACAUCCACACAAACCACACUGACUAUUCCAUCUAAUGUUGACAUAGAGAAACUUCUAUCUCAAUUUUACACAUACAGUGAUAGUGCAAAUGACAGCCAAAGUGAGAGUCUUUGUAACUCAUCGCUACGACGAAAAUUAUUCUUCCAGGAUGUUCUUGAAGAUGAAGAUUCCUUCCAUGACUCCUGUGGAACAACAUCUGCUCUUCCUGAUCUCCAAGAAGAGAUUUCCAAAACCCCGAAAUCGAAAAUAAAGAGCAUAACAACACCCAGCACAUGUCAAUCUCAUUUCUCAUCCAGCCCUGUAGUUGGAGGACGAAUGUUUGACCUCGGGUCACCUGACUGCCGUCCAAACUCCAAUUCUCGUGGACGGAAACUUCUCUUAGGCAGUCCUUCCCCAUUAUUGGGCCAAUAUGAAGAUUCCAUGGACACUUAUAAAAGCUGUUGUGACACUUCCCCACAGCUCCAUAACCUUGAUGCUGACUUGGAUAUUACUCCAUUGAAAGAUUCACCAAGCCAUAACAUUCCACAACACUCCAAUAAGUUUGUAUUUCCAAACAACAACGAAGCCACGGACAAACCUCAAUUCUUACCUCACAAAAUAUCUUUGUGCUUGACGAGUGAACUCUCACCCAUUAAACUACCUGAACCAAAAACUACAGUUUCCUAAAUUCUUGGCCCUUAUAUACCCAUGUUAUUUCUGUGAUUUUAAAACUUUGCCAAUACAUUUAUUUAACAGUUGAUGAUAUUUCCUUGGUUUUGGGGAAAUCGAUAAGACAACACUGUUUAUAUAAGAUAUAAACACUGCUCCAUACUUACUAGUGUGGUUAAAGCAACACCAAGACAUAAAUAAAAAGCUUUAAAAACUGUCACCUUAUACAUUCUUCUAUACUAAAUUCAGUUGAACUAAAAAGUGAAAAAUUUUUGAUACGAAUUUCUCUUCUAAUAUUUUUAAGCUAUUUAUGUUAAAGAGAUUAUAAAACUAGUAAUGGCGAUUUUGCAAUAAAUAUCUUUUUCCACAAAA